AUGAAAAGUUCUUGGAAUGUAAAUCACAAUGCAAUUCCCAUAAUCAAAGAAUCUGUUAGUGAUGAUAAUGAAGAUGAACUGCUUGAUGCAAAUGAAGAGGAUUUAGAUGUUUUUGAAGAAGGAACUGAUAUUUCUGAUCUUUUAGAAUUUAUAUUUGUAAAUCAUACUAUACAUCCCACUGAUGAUCCAAUUGCCAAAUGGAGUCUGUGUAGUAUUUUUAAUGAUAAUUUAGAAUCGCCUGAUUUU